AUGCGCAAAGCGUUCGGAGGGCCAAAACUGCCCAUAGAGCUGCGAAAUCAAAUCGGAGACCCGGCGAAUAACAAGCAGCGCAACGGAUCGCGCAAUGGACCACUGAAUCGCAAGGACAGACGCAAAGCCGAUCGCGUAGACAAGAAGCAACAGAAGAAGCAGGUUAGAAAGCCACCACCAUCAUAUCCUCAACAUGGCCGAGCGCCGCGCCGCGAAUCUCGGUCGGAAGAUGAGGAGGAAGAGGAGGUAGAUUGGGACAACAUCGAAUCAGACGCUACGCCACCGCCUGUAGAGAAAAAAGCACCAGAGAAGCCUUUGAGGGGAAUACUCAAAACGAAGCCAUCCGUAUCAGAAGAAGCAUCACCUCCGCCAGCGAAGAUAUCACGCGCCACAAGAGACAGACUUGCCCAGGAUGAUGCCGAGAUUGCUGCAUUAGAAAAGAGGCUAGGCGUCAAAGGCAAGAAGAAAUCCAAAGGAGCGGACGACGGCCUCGAUGCCAUAUUUGGGGACCUUGGGGAUCUUGGAGAAUUUAGCGAUGAAGAGGAUACACAGCCUACAAAGCGUAAAAGAGAUGAAGAUGACGACUGGCUUGCAAGUAAGAGGCGGAAAGCUUUGGGUCAGCAACCAGAGGAAGACGAGGAAGACGAGGAAGAAGCGUUCGAUUCGGACGACGACUUGGACCUAGAAGAGGCGGGCUUCGAUGAUGACGAAGACGAAGCAGAGGAUGAGGAAGAGGACGAUCUAGAGUCUGAGGAUGACGAAGUCGAAGAUGCAGAACCAGAGCAACCUAAGAUACGAGAGAAUCCAUACGUGGCCCCCGUAGCGCCGGAUGCCCAGCCGACCAAGUAUAUACCGCCUGCACUUAGAGCACCGCCUUCGUCGGAUGCGGAGGCUUUACAACGUCUUAGGAGACAGAUACAGGGUCUCUUCAACCGUCUUUCAGAAGCCAACAUACUAUCCAUCUUGCGCGAAAUCGAGACCAUCUAUCAGAACAACCCCCGUGGAUACGUCAACAACACCCUGGUUGACCUGUUCAUUGGCAUGUUGUCAGACCCCACUGCUCUCCUGGACACAUUUCUCAACCUGCACGCCGGUUUCAUUGCUGCCAUCUACAAAGUCAUUGGCCCCGAUUUUGGCGCGCAAAUGGUGGAACGAAUUGUUGCGGAAUUCGACCGACAUUACGAGGGCAACAAGGGAGGCUCUGGAAAGCAGACGUCAAAUUUGAUGUCUGUGGUAGCAGAGCUAUACACUUUCCAGGUCAUUGGCAGCAACAUCGUCUUCGACUACAUUCGGUUCUUCCUCGAAGAGCUCACAGAAAUCAACACCGAACUUCUGUUGCGAAUAGUGAGGGCAUCCGGUCCACAGCUACGCCAAGACGACCCGACUUCCCUCAAGGACAUUGUCAUUCUUCUCCAAAAGUCCGUAGCCAAGGUCGGCCAAAGCAACCUACCGGUUCGCACCAAGUUCAUGAUUGAGACAAUCACCGACCUCAAAAAUAACAAAAUGAAAACUGGCAUAGCAUCCUCGGCAAUCUCCCGAGAGCAUACCACGCGAAUGAAGAAGCAGCUGGGCACACUCAACUCUCGGAAUCUCAAAGCGACCGAACCACUACGGGUUGGUUUGAAAGACAUCAAAGAUACCGAGAAGAAAGGCAAGUGGUGGCUAGUAGGAGCGAGUUGGCGCAACCAACCGGGUAAUGAGGAGCCGGCCGAAGACAUCAGAAAAGUUGAUCGGACUACGACACAUGUUGGUGACGAAGACGACGACAGCGAAGUUGAUCUUUUGCAGCUUGCACGUGAGCACCGCAUGAACACCGACAUUCGACGGGCCAUCUUCAUUUCUAUAAUGUCGGCCACUGACUUCAAGGAUGCACAAGUGCGACUGAACAAGCUCAACCUCAAAAAGUCCCAAGAAGCAGAGAUACCGCGAGUCAUUGUGCAUUGUGCGGGUGCCGAAAAGACCUACAACCCGUACUACACUGUUCUUGCGCGCAAAAUAUGCUCGGACCACAAGACACGAAAAAGCUUUCAGUUUGCGCUCUGGGACAUAUUCAAGAGUUUAGGGGAAAAGCAAGAUGGUGGUGACGACUCCGACGACGAGGAUGACGAGGCGGGCAGUGACACCUCUCUUCGGAAACUUGUCAAUCAAGGCAAGCUAUACGGCACAUUGAUUGGUCGCAAAGCCAUGCCUAUUACCAGCCUAAAGAACCUCAACUUCGCCUACUUACAGCCGAAAACCAAGACGUUUGUUGAAGUCUUGCUUGUCACCACGAUCCUGGAGGCAUUGAAGUCAUCCAAGACCAAAGACAAGCGCGACGAGCGGGCUGUACGCGAGGUCUUUGUGGAAGCGGACCAAGCGCCUGAAAUGAUUGCUGGUCUGCAGUUUUUCCUGAAGAAGACGGUGGGCAAGACGGAAAUAGUCGAGAGGCCGGAAAAAGAAACCGUGCGGUGGGCGUGCAAGUCCGUCAUGGACAUGCUAACUAGAGCCUUCCCAGCCGAGCUCCGCAAAAAGCUCAACCACAUCUCUCAUCCCACGCCCCAUCCAUUGACGCCUGUCAUCCCAGCCGUAUACUUUACGGCUUCUUUUGGUUGCGUUCCCCCGGCUAUAUUCAGCAUGUUCCGCUCAUUGGCACCCCGCGCCAUCCAACGGGCGUCGCGACCCGUCACUCGAAGCACAUUCUGCGCCUCCAACAUUUACUUCCAGAACCGGUUACGACGCGGAUAUGCGUCAGAAGCUGAGGAGAAGGACCUGGUCAUCAUCGGCGGCGGUGUCGCAGGCUACGUCGCAGCCAUCAAGGCUGGGCAGGCGGGCAUGAAGGUCACCUGCAUCGAGAAGCGUGGCUCCCUCGGUGGAACCUGCUUGAACGUCGGUUGCAUCCCCUCCAAGUCCCUCCUCAACAACUCGCACCUCUACCACCAGAUCCUCCACGACACCAAGGGCCGCGGAAUUGAAGUCGGCGAUGUCAAGCUCAACCUUCCCGCCAUGAUGAAGGCAAAGGACAGCUCUGUUUCCGGUCUUACAAAGGGAAUCGAGUUCCUCUUCAAGAAGAACAACGUCGAGUACAUCAAGGGCACUGGCGCAUUCCAGGAUGAGCACACCAUUGCCGUCAACCUCACCGAGGGUGGCGAGACCACCGUCCGCGGCAAGAACAUUCUCAUCGCCACCGGUUCCGAGGCUACACCUUUCCCCGGUCUGACUAUCGACGAGCAGAAAGUCAUCACCAGCACUGGCGCCAUUGCCCUCCAGGAAGUGCCCCAGAAGAUGACUGUCAUUGGAGGUGGUAUCAUUGGACUGGAGAUGGCCUCCGUUUGGUCGCGCCUCGGCGCUGAAGUUACCGUUGUUGAAUUCUUGGGCCAGAUUGGCGGCCCCGGUAUGGACAACGAGAUUGCAAAGCAGGCCCAGAAGAUCCUCCAAAAGCAAGGUUUGAAGUUCAAGCUCAACACCAAGGUUACUGCUGGUGAGGUUCACGAAGCUGGUGUCAAGGUCAGCGUUGAGGCCGCAAAGGGUGGAAAGGAGGAGACUCUCGACGCCGACGUUGUCCUCGUCGCUAUUGGUCGCCGCCCAUACACUGCCGGACUUGGUCUGGACAACAUCAGCCUUGAGACUGACGAGAGGGGCCGCCUGAUCAUCGACCAGGAGUACCGCACCAAGAUCCCCCACAUUCGUGCCAUCGGAGAUUGCACCUUUGGCCCUAUGCUUGCCCACAAGGCUGAAGAGGAGGCCGUCGCUGCCAUUGAGUACAUCCACAAGGGCCACGGCCACGUCAACUAUGGCGCCAUCCCCUCUGUCAUGUACACCCACCCUGAAGUCGCUUGGGUCGGCCAGAACGAACAGGAGCUCAAGGAGGCCGGUAUCAAGUACAAGACGGGAACCUUCCCUUUCACAGCCAACUCAAGAGCCAAGACCAACCUCGACAGUGACGGUAUGGUCAAGUUCUUGUCAGAUGCUCAGACCGACCGGAUAUUGGGUAUCCACAUCAUCGGUCCCAACGCCGGUGAGAUGAUUGCCGAGGGCACGCUCGCUCUGGAAUACGGUGCCAGCUCGGAGGAUGUUGCACGAACAUGUCACGCUCACCCUACCCUUGCUGAGGCGUUCAAGGAGGCUGCAAUGGCCACCUACGACAAGGCUGUUCACUACUAGAUUCCCCAAUUUCGGUCAGGCUUUUCUUUCAUGCAUCAGCGACACAAUGUUCGAGCUCUCGGGCGUGCGAGCAGGGGGUUAUGAAGAGUACUUUGUAGAAUAUAUCUGAUGCGUCAUGCUCGC